CCGCCAUUUCCAAUUCCGAAAAGAAAGGAGCGCCGAGACAAACUGCCAAGGGAACUCUUCUUUCCCAAACCCUUCGCACAGUCUUUUAUUAUCUUUUCCUUUCUCUUUGCAAAUUCUCGGACAUAAUGGUCUCAUUGUGGUGGGGACAGAGUGCACUAGACGAACUCAUUGAAAAGGCGACCUCAGAACUCUUGCCUGCUGGACAAGAAGAUCUCGCCUUGCACCUUGAAAUUAGCGAUCAAAUUCGCAGUAAGAAGGUCAAUGCCAAAGAUGCCAUGCGGUCACUGAAGAGGCGUUUGGAACAUUCCAACCCGAAUGUCCAAAUGGCGACUUUAUCGGUAUGUUCCACGUUUCUUUAUUAUUAUUAUCAAGAUACUUACCAAUACCUUGUAUAUGCUCAGCUCGUGGACACUUGUGUGAAAAACAGUGGGGAUCAGUUCGUUAGAGAGGUUGCGAGCAGAGAGUUUAUGGAUCAGCUGACAUCAAUGGCUCGUUCACUGACGGAGUGCAAUCCAGACGUCAAAAACAAGAUCCUAUCCAUUAUUCAAACAUGGAGUUUUGCCGCGAAAGGGAAUCCAGGAUUGGCAUAUAUUACGGACACCCAUCGAUUGCUGCAAGCGGAAGGCCAUGUAUUUCCUCCAAUGAAUGCAUCUGUUGAUCCCAUACUCUUGGAAACAUCUGCUCCGCCAGAAUGGAGUGACUCGGAUGUUUGUGAGCGUUGCAGAACUGCAUUUACAAUGACAAACAGAAAGCAUCACUGUCGACAAUGCGGUAAGACAUUCUGUCAGGAAUGCUCGGCAAAGACGAUGCCACUACCCCAUUUAGGCAUUGAUGAGGAAGUACGCGUGUGCGAUGGAUGCUAUAUCAAAUUGAAGCUGGCCAAAGCUGCCAGGAAGGGUGGAUUACCGCCAUUACCGUUCUCACCUCAAUCACAAGUCUCUCAGCAACAACAACAACAACAACAACAGUAUCCUGUAAACAAUGGCCCUGCGCAACAAACCACAUCAGCACCUACAGCCUCUGCUGCUGAUGAUGAUUUCGAUGAUGAUAUGAAAAAGGCAAUUGAAAUGUCAUUGAAGGAGGCAGAACAGCAGAAGAAUUUUGGCAGAGGAUAUACCCCAUCGCAACAACCAGUUCAGCAGCCAUCACGAUCGACGCCUACUUCGGCUACUCAGGCCAAUCAGGAAGAAGAGGACGAUCCAGAGCUUGCUGCUGCAAUUGCGGCCUCGUUACGUGAAAUGCAAUUGUCCACACCUACGCCUAGAUCGGGCGAUUGGGAGCAAAGAAUAGUACAGCCAAAUCCAGACGAGAUCUCCCGAGUAGAAAUGGAAAAUAUCGAGCUCUUUUCUACCUUGAUUGAACGUAUCCAUGCACGUGGCGGUGACAUAUCCAACGAUCCUCAAAUCAACAAACUGUACACUCAAAUUGGCGCCCUGCAGCCCAAAUUAGUCAAGACUCUAGCGGAUGUGAUUAACAAACACAAGCUUCUGGUCACUCUUCAUGACAAGAUGAACCUUGCUGUAAAGUCAUAUGAUCGACUGUUAGAAGAGCGUGUUGCUGGAGCAUAUAAUCGAUCAUCGUAUUAUCCUGCAAACCCAUCACAUCAAUCUCAGCAGCAUCAGACCAGCUAUCCUAAUGGUCCUAUUGCCACACCUUCUCCCUCGACAGAUUCACCCAUAUACCCUCAGCAACCACAACAGCACGGCGGAAUGAACGGAUACCCUCAGUACCCUCCUGCUGCUGAACCAGCGUACCCCGCCACUACGAUUAGCUAUCAUGCAUCUAUCCCUUCUGCCCCUGCGCCGGAAUAUCCACCAGGACACGGAUAUCCCCCCGCCGAAAAUCCCGUAGCGCAACAGCCUUACCAACAACAGCAAUAUCAAACACCUCCUCAAGACCAGAAUAGCUACUAUCAUAUCCAGCAACCUCAACAACAAAUGUAUGGGUACCAACAACAGGCACAGCCACAACAGCAGCAGCAGCAGCAGCAACAGCAACAACAACAUAUUCCUGCUCAGAAACAGCCUUUUGAUGAUUCUCCUUUGAUUGAUCUUUCGUGAAAAGAUUUUAAAUAAAAGACCAAAUUCGUUGUUUAGGCAACUUAAUAGUCCUUCCUCAUUGUCUUCUAUCAGGAACAAAGAAGGUGAUUAAAGGAAGUUGCUUCUUUCUGAGUUUCUCUGCGCGUGCGCGGGGAACGGGCAGCAUUCCCGUCGGCACCUUUUAGUGAUUCAUUCAGGACAGGGCAUUAUAGUUUAUCGGGUUAUUGAGAAAUAAAUC